AAAAAAAGCUAUAAAAUCCCAUGUUUAUAUUUUAACAACAAACCCUCCAGCGGCCCUUGAAGACUGAAGAUUCUCGCCGGCUGUUUGUCGAUGACGAUCGACGGCUGUAAUUACCGCCUUAGUUGCACACUCCGUGCUCAUGAAGACGAUGUUCGUCGAAUUUGCUUAUGCGGGAACUCCGGAAUCGCAACUUCCUCGAGGGACAAAACGGUUAGGUUCUGGGUUCCUGAUCCGGAGAAGAAGCAUGGCUACUUGUUGUCGAAGACCCUUGCCGGGCAUACGAGUUUCGUUGGUCCUCUGGCUUGGAUCCCUCCUGGGGAGCGGUUCCCCGAGGGCGGGAUCGUGUCGGGCGGCAUGGAUACGCUUGUAUUGCUCUGGGACUUGGGCAGGGGAGAGAUUGUGGAGAAGUUGGAAGGCCAUCAGUUUCAGGUCACUGGUAUUGCCAUAGAUGACAAUGGGGACAUAAUCUCGUCGUCACUUGAUUGUACAAUACGUAGGUGGAGGCAAUGCAAAACUGUUGAGUUUUGGGAAGCUCACAAGGUGGCCAUUCAAGCAGUCCUGAAACUAUCAUCUGGUGAAUUCGUUACGGGCUCUAGUGAUUCGACACUUAAGCUCUGGAGAGGAAGGACAUGUAUACAAACUUUCGUUGGUCAUGCAGAUACUGUUCGUGGAUUAGCAGUGAUGCCCGGAUAUGGACUCCUUUCUGCAUCUCAUGAUUGUACCAUCAAAUUAUGGGCAUUGACUGGUCAAGUCCUGAUGGAGAUGGUGGGUCACACUUCUCUGGUAUAUUCUGUAGAUGCUCAUGCAUCUGGACUUAUUGCUAGUGGAAGUGAAGACCAUUUCCUUAAGAUAUGGAGAGAUGGAGCAUGUAUCCAAAGCAUUGAACAUCCUGGAUGUGUUUGGGAUGUCAAAUUUUUGGAAAAUGGGGAUAUUGUUACCGCAUGCUCAGAUGGAACAGUUAGAAUAUGGACAUUAGAUAGAGAUUGCCUCUGCGAUCCAUUGGAACUUGAAGCGUUUGCAUUGGAGCUUUCUCAAUAUAAAACGAGCAGGAAGAAAGUUGGUGGCUAUAACUUGACAGAUCUUCCUGGUUUGGAGGCCUUGCAAGUUCCAGGUACCAAGGAGGGACAGACGAAGAUCAUUAGAGAAGGUGAUAAUGGUGUUGCUUAUUCUUGGAACUCCAAAGAGUUUAAAUGGGACAAAAUUGGUGAACUAGUUGAUGGGCCAGGAGAGGGCUCUAGUAAUCAGGUCCUGGAUGGUAUACAUUAUGAUUAUGUUUUUGAUGUUGAUAUUGAGGAUGGUGAGCCUGCUCGUAAGUUGCCAUAUAAUCGAACAGAUAAUCCUUAUACAGUUGCUGAUAACUGGCUUUUGAAAGAAGGUCUGCCUCUUUCUUACCGCCAACAGAUUGUGGAGUUUAUACUGCAGAACACUGGGCAAAAGGAUUUUUCGUUUGAUUCAUCUUUUCAGGAUCCUUAUACAGGCUCUCACGCAUAUGUUCCUGGACAAUCAUCUAUUACACGAGGGGCUGAACCAGUACCAUUUUUCAAGCAUAUUCCAAAGAUAGGGAUGCUUUACUUUGAUUCGGCACAGUUUGAUGGAAUUCUAAAGAAGAUUUCAGAAUUCAAUGAAGCAUUCUUGACAGAUGGGGAGAACUCAUUGUCAUUUUCAGAGCUUGAGUUGUCAAGGCUCGCAGCUAUAGUGAAAAUUCUAAAAGAUAAAUCACAGUAUAGUAGCAGUUCCUUUGCAGAUGUUGACAUAACUCUACUACUGAAGAUAUUAAAAUCAUGGCCAGUGCAAAUGCUGUUUCCUGGGAUAGAUAUUUUGCGAAUGAUUGUCUUGCACCCUAAUGGAGCUACUUUGUUUCAUAAACACAUUGAGAGUGAGAAUGCUGUUCUGAUGGAAGCAUUAGCAAAAGUCACAACAACUCCUCAACCAGCAAAUCUUUUAACCAGCAUUCGGUUAAUUACAAAUCUUUUCAAGCAUUCAUGUUUCACGAAGUGGUUACAAUCUCACUGUAGUCAGGUUUUAGAUGCUAUAUCAAGUUGCCGGUCAUCCUUUAACAAGAAUGCACAUUUAUGUUAUGCCACAUUGAUAUUGAAUUAUACUGUGCUUUUAGUUGAGGCAAAGGACAAAGAAGGCCAGGCUCAAGUUCUCUCUGCUGCUCUUGAAAUUGCAGAGGAUGGAAAUCAAGAUGCUGAUGCAAAAUUUAGAGCACUUGUUGCUAUUGGUACACUCAUGUUAAAUGGUCUCGUGAAGUCAAUUGCAAUCGACUUUGAUGUCCUCAGCAUAGCUAAAGAAGCAAAGAAUUCGAAGGAAUCAAAGCUCGCUGAAGUUGGAGCUGACAUCGAGAUGGUUAUUAACUCGAAGUAACAGUGACUGAGCAGGCGGUACUGUUGUGUUCUACUUGCAUUACAUUAUUUAGUCCACAAGAUAGGAUUCUGACUUGUUGAUUUAUAUCUCGUAUAUUCGGAAUUUUGUACACAAGGGAGGAGAGCUAAUGCUUUUGGUAUUAACUAGCUAUUAAAAAAAAGAACAUGGUGCGACUUUAUCGAACUAAACUUUGGAAAUUCCAUUUAAACAUAUUUUAUAGUUAUUUGAAA